AUGGCCGCUCGAUCGGUAUCGCUACGGCUGGCGGCCGCUUGUAGAGCCGCUACUCAAACCGUCCGACCCCAUACCGCCACUCCAAUCAUGAGGGCGGCAGCAUUGUCCCCGUCCUCGUCGUCACGGAGUAGCCAUGCAUUGGCCGUUCACCGCGACACAGCCGACAACCAUGCGAACAUUCCAUUUAAAUUCAGUCCGGAGAACGAAAAGCUGAUUGCGGAGAUUCUGAAGCGAUAUCCUCCGCAGUAUAAGAAGGCAGCUGUGAUGCCUGUUCUCGAUCUGGGUCAGCGACAACAUGGGUUUUCGAGCUUGAGUGUUAUGAAUGAGGUCGCUAGAAUACUUGAGAUGCCGCCGAUGAGGGUUUAUGAGGUCGCAAGUUUCUAUACGAUGUACAACCGCAACCCGGUGGGCAAGUUCCAUCUACAGGUUUGCACGACCACGCCGUGCCAACUUUGCAAUUCCGACUCGAUCAUGAAGGCCAUCGGAGAUCAUUUGGGGAUUAAGCCGGGACAUAGUACCGAAGAUGGGAUCUUUACUUUCAGCGAGGUGGAAUGUCUAGGUGCUUGCGUCAAUGCACCAAUGGUCCAAAUCAACGACGACUUCUACGAAGACCUAACCCCAGAAUCAACAGUACAGCUACUAGAUGCCCUGAAGGGCUACGCACAAGCCACCAAGGAUCUACCGAUAAACACCACCGUUAUCACCGGUGAUGUUCCUCCAGAAGUCAAGGGAAUACCGAAACCGGGACCGUUGAGCGGUAGAGCGACAUGUGAGAAUAGUAAGGGACUGACGAACUUGACGAGUCCGAUGUGGGGACCCGAGACUACAAGACCUGAUUUGUAA